GAUCACUUCAGCAGACUAUUGGAUAUUGAGAACAGUGGGGUUUACGAUACGGUCGCUACUAGUGAUACAAAAAGUUCCGGUGGUUACGUUUUGGGAUGGAGAGCAGAUAUUCAGCGAAGGCUCAAGAUAUUGAGCUAACUCAGUCGGAUGUCAUCAAGACCCAUAUGGCUUCUGGUGAAGAUAAUGAAUACAUCGUCAAUGAAGAUACUGACAGUAUAUUAAAGGAUUCAACAAAUAAGUCUCAUCAAAAGUGGAGUUUGGAAGGUUUAAAUAUUGUUAUCGUGACUGUGAUAAGCUUUUCAACCGCUAUAACUAUCGCACUAAUUCUAAAUAUUAUCUUCGGAAAUCCUCAAGUUACACCUCAUGGGGCUGUCGUAGUUGAUGAUGAUUUCUGUGGAGAAAUUGGUCUGAACAUCAUGAGAAGAAGCAAAGGGAAUGCUGUUGAUGCAAUGGUAUCUACUAUACUAUGUUUGACCGUAACUCGUCCGGAUGUUGCGAGUUUGGCAGGUUGUGGUGCUAUACUAGUUCGUGAUCGUAACAAACAAUUAAGUCAUUUAUUUGACUUCUCCUGUUCCGUUCGUAAUAAUGUUACAGUCAGAGAUAUGCCCAAUCGAACUAACCAUGCUAGUUUAGUAGGCAUUCCAGGACUUGUACGUGGUCUUGCAGUUAUGCAUCAACAAUUUGGUUCAUUAAAAUGGUCUGAUCUUUUCAAUGGAGCAAUUGAUUUCGCUGUAAACGGUUUCGUGCCUGGAAAAUCUUUAAUGCGAGCUGCAAAUGAUUUCAUUUUGUCGAACUCACCCGAAUCCAAUCCAUUCAUACAACAACUAACCAAUAGAAAGAAUCUUUACAUACCAUCAGUUGAACUGCAAAACACGCUAAAACAACUAGCUGACCAAGGUCAAGAAUACUUUUAUGGUAUUCAAGGAGAAGAAACUUUUAACAGCAAAUUUGUUAACUAUAUGAAUCAACAAGGUUUUCAAUGGUCAUUCAAUGAUUUGAAAGGCUAUGAAGUUCACCGUCCAACUCCAUUGAAAAUGGGUUUUGCUGGUUUCACUUUGGAAUCAUUUCCCGCUCCAUUUGUUGGUGGUUCAUACAUUUUACUUCUGUUGGGUAAUCUGGAUCUUAAAGAAUCUCUCAGCCCACUUGAUCAUGAAGCAUUGCUUAAUGAUGAUCCUAUAGUGACUGCUGUCUACUUACAUCGACUACUUGAAUUAGCUCGUUUAGCUGAAGCAUCGAUUACUACACUUGGAGAUAUUGACGAUCCUAACAUACGUAUUGCUGCUACAGCUGCUCAGAAUACUUUAUUCUCAAAAUCUGUACGUGAAGCCAAUGUAGCCAGUAUUAAAGACACCAGUGUUGUAGCGGGACACUCACGACUUGAUGUUCUUCAGACGACCUCUGAAGGUUCAAGUAUUGGCGGCACUGGAAUCUUAACAACAGAUUCAACAAGUUUAACAGUUGUAGGUAAUGUGUUUAUGGGAUCACCUUUUGGAAAUGGAAAAGUUGUACCAGGCACUGGUGUUCAUUUAAAUUCUGCAUUACGCCUUUUCUCCGAAUCAAAAUUAAAUAAGUUCUCCGGUGGACGUCGUCCUCUUGUUCCCCUUGGGCCAAUAUAUAUAUCUACUACACAUAGGAAAUGUGGUAUACGUAUAGGUGUUGCUUCAAUUGAUGGACUGUGGGGCCUUACCGAUGCAGCCCAAGUGAUAAGCAACGCAGCUUUAUUUCUGCGUAACUCAAAGUGUAAAGCUCCUGCUUCACUUCGAACAUUUGGACCUCCAGCCACAGAAGUCAGCCUUACAUCUACAAAAGAACAAACAUCUACACCUAUACUUGGUCGUGCUAUCUUUAGUCCAGCGACAGAAAACAGUUGUAUCAAUCAAGAUAUAUCUAUAUUAUUAUCACGGUUACAUUCAGACUAUAAUAUCACCGAUCCUGGUACAAUCACUGUUGAAACACCUGAUAAUAACAAUCCUAAGCUAAUAAAAUACCUUAAAGAAUUUGGUCAUAAUGUACAGACUUUGUCAACUGACAAAUGGCCAGGUCGUGUGUUUAUAGCUGGUUGGAAUGGUUACGAUAUGAUCUCAUCGGGAGAUAAUCGCUCUCCUGAUAGUAAAACCUUGCAUAAAUUUUGAAGAGAAAUAACUUUUACAAUUCCACACAUUACUCUGGCAUUUCUUCUACAAUUUCCUUCUCCUGUUAUCUAUCAUAAACACUUUUCCCAAAGGCUGUGAAGUUAGUUAUGCGUUUUUUUUUCUAUCUUCAUCGCGUCACAUAUCUCUGUUUUGAAGUACUUGUUUUUCAAUUGGUCAUUUGUUAGUUUGGUUACAUCACGUUAUUAUUACCAUUUUUUUUGGUUGAUAAGAACGAAUUGGUUCAGGUUAUUUCAUAUAUUUUGGCUGUGUAGUAUUUUCCUUUCUGUGCGUUUUUUUCUUCUCUUCACUGUUUUUCUUGUCACCAAUGUGUUCCUUUUAUUUGUUACAAAUAAUUUUCAUUUUAUUUCCUUUUUUCAGUUUAUGUAUUUUAUGAUACAGAUAUGUUCAUUUUAAUUGAAGGUAGAUGUUUUAAACUUUGCGCUUGUUAGCGCUGAUUAGUAUUGAGGCGUAUGUAGAGAUUCACAGUUCUGUGAUCUUAGAUUUGUUUCAAGAAAGUUUCGUUUGAUCUAGGUUAUCUGUACAUAGUCUUAGAGAGACUGUGACUCGUAUGAGUUGGCGUUUUUUGCUUGAGAUCUAAACUUGCCAUAAAGAUGAGCUAGUGAUUAUGUGGACAAACCAUUUAUCCUUGAUAAAAUAUUAGUUUCUGUUAUUUGUAUACUGUGGUGUAAUCUGUUCUGUUGUACGACUGUAAGACAUAGCCGUUGAAAAUUGAUGACAUCAAGUGGUUGCAGUGUUUUCAUUGCAGAUGUCUUCGUAGGAUGGCUUGUGUUUGAUGGGAUCAAUGCCAUAUGAUCAAAGUUGAAGCCAGACAAAGGGUCUUAGACAAGCCGAUUGAUGAGCUUGUGAGCUUUAUUUGACUGAGGUGGCUUGAGUAUAUGUUCCACUUGUCGAUUUGCCGCCUACCUUGACGUACCAUGUUUGGGGAUGUUGGAAGAGGAUUCAGGGUGACCAGACGAAGACGUGUCAUCAGUUGAUGAAGUCUCUUACUAUUAGUCUGAGUUGUGUGAGAGGUGUAGACUGCCUGAUUGGGCUUCCUAAGAUGAAAGGAAUUAGUGGUUGAAGACUCUUGGUGACGUACCUGAGAAGUGGUGACAAUGGCACAGAUAUAUUUACUCCUUGACAUCUUCCAAAGCUUGAAUAUUUGCACUAUCCUUCAUCUUCAGAUUGUUUAUUCUCUCACACAACUUUGUCUACGUUUGUUUCACUCUUUUUCUAUUCAGCUGUUCUUUAUGUGCCACUGUGAAGUGUGGUCAAUUGAGCGAAUGAACCUGUGUGCGAGGUUCUACGUUGAUUUUGUCUGUAACUUAUGAAUUACAUAGUUUCUCUACAAACAGUUUACACUACAACCAUUCAGUACUACGCCUUAAUAAAUCGGAUAAUAUGUAGGGAACAUAUAGGCUAGAUUACUUGAUCUCUUUUCAGCAUUGUCUAACAUUUCUGAUUCUGGUCAACGUGUACUGUAACCUUAUUGAUUCAUUGGUGCAAUGAGUAUUAUCCACAUCGUGGAGUAUUUAGUUAGGCGUGUAUUUUUAAAAAAUCUUAUCAUGAAUUCAAUAGUUUUAUCAUCUCACACCGAAUUUUAAUUCUUUAAAAGAAAGCUUACAGAAUCUUUGCUUCAGGCUCACUUCUAUUCAUUCUAUAAAGUUUAAUGAUCUGCUGCACAUGAACGUCAUACAAAGUAGUAAUUAUUCAUAUCAUUCAAUUUUAUUUUGGUGUGAUUGAUCAUGUGAGCUACUCUAAAUUGUUCCGCGUAAAAUAAAUUCCAUCGACCACUU